ACACACACACACACACGCGGACUACUCCUCUGCUCGACUCGACUGCAGUCGCCGCCGCCGUCCAUGGCCGCGCCCCCUCCCGCGUCUUCGUCGUCCUCCUCCUCCUCAACCUGACAGGCAGCGCAGCGCGACAAACGCGAGGUGAGCUCCCGCCUGUCUGUCACUCGUCUGCUCUGUUCCUGCCCGAUUGGGGAUCGAAUCAUCCGUUUCAAUCUGCGUGUGGAUCCAGGGCAUGCUCCUUCCUUCACUCCAGGCCCUCUCUCUAGCUAAUAAUAUGUGCCCGGAAAUUGCUGGAGAUUAACCGGCUCGCCGCCUUGUCUGCUACUGCCCCCCUUUUAGCCGCCGGCAGCUCCAUUCGAGGAGACGAUUCAUUCCGCUCCGUCUCAACCACUUGCUCUUCUCUGUGUUUUUUGCGUUUUGUUUUCUUGAUUUGAUUCGGUGGCCCGCCGUCGACGAACGCACGCACGCACGCCGGAUGCGACCGAGGCCGCCUCCUCCUAGCGCCAUGGACCGUCAUCACCACCAGCAGCAGCAGCAGCCGCCGUCGCCUCAAGGGGACCAUGCCGCCCAGCCGCGCUGCUGGGAGGAGUUCCUCCACAGGAAGACCAUCCGGGUCCUGCUCGUGGAGACCGACGACUCCACCCGGCAGGUCGUCACCGCCCUGCUCCGCCACUGCAUGUACCAAGUUAUCCCUGCUGAAAACGGCCACCAGGCGUGGGCGUAUCUCCAGGACAUGCAGAGCAACAUCGACCUUGUUCUGACAGAGGUCUUCAUGCACGGCGGUCUCUCCGGGAUCGACCUGCUCGGCAGGAUCAUGAACCACGAGGUCUGCAAGGACAUCCCCGUCAUCAUGAUGUCGUCGCACAAUUCGAUGGGCACGGUCCUCAGUUGCCUGUCAAAUGGUGCUGCUGACUUCUUGGCCAAGCCGAUACGUAAGAACGAGCUUAAGAACCUUUGGGCGCAUGUGUGGAGACGCUCUCACAGCUCCAGUGGCAGUGGUAGUGGAAGUGCCAUUCAGACGCAGAAGUGUACCAAAUCAAAGAGCGCUGACGAUUCCAAUAAUAACAGCAAUAACCGCAACGACGAUGCCAGCAUGGGGCUCAAUGCAAGGGAUGGCAGCGAUAAUGGUAGUGGCACUCAGAGCUCAUGGACAAAGCGUGCCGUUGAGAUCGACAGUCCACAGGACAUGUCUCCGGAUCAGUCAGUUGAUCCUCCUGAUAGCACUUGCGCGCAUGUGAGCCACCUCAAGUCAGAGAUAUGCAGCAAUAGAUUAAGAGGUACAGAUAACAAAAAAUGCCAGAAACCAAAAGAAACUAAUGGUGAUGAGUUCAAAGGGAAGGAGCUGGAGAUAGGUGCCCCUGGUAAUUUGAACACAGAUGAUCAAUCCUCCCCGAACGAGAGUUCGGUCAAACCAACAGAUAAUGGACGGUGUGAGUAUCUGCCACAGAACAACUCCAACGAUACAGUUAUGGAAAAUUCGGAUGAGCCAAUUGUUCGAGCUGCUGACCUAAUCGGUUCGAUGGCCAAAAACAUGGACGCCCAACAGGCAGCUAGAGCAAUAGAUGCUCCUAACUGCUCCUCACAAGUGCCGGAAGGGAAAGACGCCGACCGUGAGAACGCCAUGCCAUAUCUUGAGCUGAGCCUAAAGAGGUCGAGAUCGACCACGGAGGGUGCGGAUGCGAUCCAGGAGGAACAGAGGAACGUCGUGAGACGAUCAGACCUCUCGGCAUUCACGAGGUACAAUACGUGCUCGUUCUCCAAUCAAGGCGGGGCAGGGUUCGUCGGGAGCUGUUCGCCCAACGGCAACAGCUCCAAGGCCGCGAAAACGGACGCCGCUCAGAUGAAGCAAGGCUCAAAUGGCAGCAGCAACAACAACGACAUGGGCUCCACCACCAAGAGCGUGAUGACCAAGCCCGGUGGCAAUAACAAGGUUUCACCCAUCAACGGCAACACGCACACGUCGGCGUUCCAUCGUGUGCAGCCAUGGACGCCGGCGACAGCAACAGGGAAAGACAAGGUUGAUGACGUGAGCAAGAAGAAUGCUGCAGCAGCAGCAGCCGCAGCAGCGAAAGACAAUGGUGGUGAAGCACAGAGCAAACACCCCUGUGCAGCGGCCCAUGAUGCGAAUGGUGGAUCGGCAGGAGGCGCUCAGUCCAACGUGAUCAAUCCCUCGGGUCCUGUUGAAGGUCAUGCUGCCAACUAUGGUAGCAACUCUGGCAGUAAUAACAAUACCAAUAACGGUGGGAGCACCGCAGCUACUGCUGCUGCUGCUGCUGCUGUACAUGGUGAGACCGGUGGCAUCGACAAAAGAAGCAACAUGAUGCACAUGAAACGGGAGCGCCGGGUGGCUGCCGUGAACAAAUUCAGAGAGAAGAGAAAAGAGAGGAACUUCGGGAAGAAGGUGCGUUACCAGAGCAGGAAGCGGCUGGCGGAGCAGCGCCCACGGGUGCGCGGGCAGUUCGUGCGGCAGCCGCCACCGCCGGCUGCCGUGGAGAGAUAACCUCCCGCCACACACCUAGCUAUAUAUACCUAGUACGUACGUACUAUUUAGACAGCUGAUUCUUGUGUCUUUGGCCAUGGAUCAUUCAGAGACGGUCCUCAUCUCGUCUCAUCUCCUGGAAGAAGAAGAAUAACAAGCUACUCCUCCUCCUGCCUGCCUGCCUUAGCUACCUACCAUAGAACAUGCCUGCAGAGGAGGACGACUGUAGAGUACAUAGUAGAAGUGCGGAGUCGAUCAGACAGGCUCCCGAGCCGCUAAGUAGUAAGUAAUCAAUUAAUGUCUGAACCUGUGUAACGGUAUGAGUGAGUAUUGUGUUGUACACUUGUUAUCAGUUUGGCUCUGGCGCACGCACGCACGCAACCAAGCCGAUCGAGUGUCUCUGGUGUCAUCAAUCAACGCAUAUUUGUGGUUUACCAGCAAGUCAUUACUGUAUA